AUGGCCAUAAUGCAGGAGGAAAAGUUGCCGAAGAGGAAAAAUUCUUCUCCUCAUUUAUCAGGAAUUGUUAUAAAAGUGAAACCCCAAGCCAAGAAAGCAAGGACGGAUCCCACGAGGGCCACAAGCAGUCCAGAAGGAACUGCACAUGAUAGCAAAACAUGUGAUGGUGAUAAAGUGAAGACUAAGGUUGCAGAAAAUAACAUUAUCAGGACAGAAUUAGAUCAGCCUCAUGUUGUUAAUAGUCUUGGUAGUUUGGUUUCGUAUAGUGAUGGAAGCGACGAGGAUGAUGAAUGA